GAAGCAUCACGGAUUCAGACUGAAGGAAGGGAAUAAAAAGGCUCCUUGAAAGACCAAUCAGCCAGAUCGUCGAAAGACUCCAGAGAGCUCUCGGCUUCCUCGGCUUGUUCAAAGGAACAUUUGGACUGCAGGUUAUCCGCACCAAACCUGCAUAAAGUUUUGUCCACAGAAUGGAUAAAUUCAGCCAAGAUCCCAGGUUUAAAAGACUCUUGGAGAGACUGAUGAAUAGUUUUCCAUCAUCAGCGGAGGUUCUCUUCAAGAAGCUGCAGGGCCUGGUAGCAAACAUUAAAUGGACACCAGAAGAGGUCACUGACUUGUUUGAUGCUCUUAAAAAACGUCUUGAGUCAACACUAGUAUUUGGCAGGUCAUAUGUGUGGAUGCUAGAAAUAUUGCACUGGAUAGAGAUUAAUUAUAUCACUCCCACUUGGAGAUCGGAAGCAGGAAAAACACUCUUGGAUCUGAUCCAAGACCAAACUGUGAGUACAAAAAAUCUCAAAAAGUUUUUAGAAGAAGAGAAAGAGAAGCAACUGGAUGAAAUUCUUGAUGAAAUUCGUCAAGAAAAGCUAAAUCAAGUUGAUGAAGAGCUUUUAGAAAAGGUGAAAAACAUUGUAUCAUCAGUUGCAGCUGAUGAACAACCUCCUUUAAACGAUAGGUCGGAGUUGAGUAACCUGAAAAGAACCUUGCAAAGGAUCUGUGGGGCAGUGAAAUUAAAAAUGAAAUACUCACCACGACUGACCCAGAUGGUGAGCUGGUGUCUUCUGGCUCUCUCCAAAACAGGCCGGUUAAUUCAAGUUGCCACUGGAGAAGGAAAGUCUUGCAUAAUAGCAAUGUUUGCUGCUUUUCGGGCUCAGCAAGGACAAAACGUAGACAUCAUUACGAGUUCAGAAGUUCUCGCAAAAAGAGAUCUGGACGAGUGGAAGCCAUUUUUUGAAGAAAUGGACAUCACUGCUGAUUGCAACACCACAAAACUGGAAGAAGACUUGAAAAAAUGCUAUGAGUGUCAGGUUGUUUAUGGGACCGUGCAGCAGUUUGCUGGAGACUGGCUCAGGCAGCGCUUUGAAAGGAAGGAUAUACUUGGUAAAAGGGAAUUCCAGUGCGCAAUUGUGGAUGAAGUUGAUUCCUUGAUGCUUGACAAUGGUCAUCAUGUGGUUUAUCUUGAAACUGACAUGCCAGCUUUACAGCAUCUGAACCCACUCCUGGCACUCAUUUGGGCCACUGUUGGGAAAAACCAUGCCUUUCCUCAAGAUCAGCCUGACAACCAACAGAACACUCUUAUUAAUGGGUCCAGUGUCCUCCAAAUGGCUGAAGAAGUGUUUUUUACACCCUGUCAGUUCAGCCAUGAUAAGCAUACCUGUCACAUACCAAGUUUUCUCUCCAACCUGGUGAAUUCACAACUGAAAGUUUGGAUUCAGAAUGCAUUGAGGGCACAAACCAUGACAGAGAAUGAUGAAUAUGUCAUUGAGAAACAUGGAAUCGUUCCUGUUGACUACAGCAACACAGGAGUUGUUGAAAAUGGCAGACAAUGGACAGAUGGACUACAACAGUUUCUUGAAUUGAAGCAUGGGGCCAAAAUGACUUCAAUGGCAGUCAUCACUAACUACAUGUCCAGUAUUGGUUUGUUUCAAAUGUAUGGAAAUCAGAUCUACGGGAUGUCUGGGACUCUUGGCCAACAAGUGGAGACUGAAGCUUUGCAGAAGAUCUACAAAGGCAUCAACACCUGCAAGAUACCGAUAUUCAGACGAAGGAAACUGUUUGAAGUUGAAGCCAAAGUCGUAAACAAUGACACGGAGUGGAUAGAAACCAUUUGUGAUGUUAUCAUUGAACAAACCAGAUCGACAUCAUUUAGAGGUAAAAGAGCUGCACUGGUCAUCUGUGAGACCAUCAACCAUGCAAAGACUCUGGAGAAAGCUCUUAAAAACAAGGGCAGCAACGGCAAACUGUACAUCAACAACAACAUGGACAAUGAAGCAGUCCUAAAGAGAGAACGUAAACCAGGAGAAGUCCUCAUAGCCACCAACCUUGCAGGUCGUGGAACAGACCUCAAGGUUUCAGAGUCGGUAAAGAAAGCAGGAGGUUUGUUUGUCGUUCAGACUUUCUUCCCCAAGAACGCCCGUGUGGAGGCCCAGGCAUUCGGCCGCACUGCGAGGCAGGGAUCUCCUGGGUCUGCUCAGCUCAUUAUCUGCACCAAGCAUCUGUCAAAGUUACAGCAGAGACUUGUGAAAGAAAAUCAGUCUCUGAAAGUAGUUAAAGGGAGCAGGGACAUCAUCUUGUCUGAAAGUCUGUCCACCUACUUAGAGAGUGUUGUUCAAAACAUCAAGAAGAAGGAGGCACUCUUCAGUCAGUAUCUGGAUGUACUAGAUGACCUGUAUCGAAGUGCUGAUAACAAACCAGCAGCUUCAGAUGUUUCAGCUCUCCAUCAAUUUUGGGGAAUGUGGCUAAUCACAGAUUACAAAGACUCUGAUUGUAUAGAAUACAUGAGAAGCAAACUUGCUGAAGAUCUGAGUGCAGCCAGGCGAAAACUCAACCAGAGAGAGUCACCUUUAUCCAACCCGAACUACUACACUGCAUUUGGCAAUGAACUUCGCAGAAAUGGAAAUGUCAAUGGAUGCAUUGAAAUGUACACUAAAGCCAUACAGGAGGACCCCUGCUGGGCCGCGGUUGCACUUUACAACCGUGCAUUUGCUUACUUAACCCAGCAAAGUAGGGAACAGGAUCACCUCAGCAUCACGAGAACUCUGGAGGAUUUGAAAAACGCGUCCAACUCUGUUCAGCUGUACUGUGAGCAAAUCAGGGUCACUCGGAUUUACUACACACAAUCCAAACGCUCCCCUGACAGUCAACCGAGCAGAUUUGAGCAACAGCUUGUUGCCAGGGAAAAAGUUUUGCAACUUUUCACCUCAAAUAUUAAAAAAGCUCAAGAAAUGUUGCACAGGCUCAAUGACUUUGGUGAGACUCUUAAAAUUCAGGUGACCCCGUUGAGCAGCAUGGCUCCAGCAAAUGUUCUUUUGGUCGGUGGAGUCCGUGGAAGGCAGAUUCAAUCUGCAGUUCGUUCAGGAGACCAUCUGAGGAUCCUUCAAAUCCACAGUGAUCCUUCGUUGGACAUUUUCAUUGAAUUCAGGAGCCUCGAAUCUCUGGGCCUGACUUAUGUCUACAGUUUGGACACUGUCUCCUUUGUUGAUAUUUUGUCAAUCAUGGGCAGUGCCAUAAUUGAAGCUUUUGAUUAAACGGCAACAUAUGAUUGAAUGUGGACAAGGAGACAAUCUCAGUCAUGGAUUUACAUGGACUAAGAAAUUCAUUGCUUUUCAAGUUUCAGUUGGAUGAGAUGUUUAUUGUUAUAUUUCUUGAUGGUUCAGAAAUUAUUGAGACCUGUUUAAAAUUAUUGUUGUUUUUUUUGUAUGAAAUGAUAUGUAAUGUCUGAUCACUUAUCUUCAUGCAGCUGCAAGCUGUGAUAAUUUGUAGUCGGGAAGAUGUUGUGACCACAAUGUUGAUCUUGAGAACUGAACUUUCACAUCUCAGUGCCUAGAAUGAACAAACAGCACACGUCCUGUCAAUGUUGCUUUUAAUACCUGUUUCCAUUCUACAUAUUUCCAAAAAAGAUUGUGAUCUUGUCUGAAUCAGGUCAAACCACUGAAAGCAAAACCUUAAUGUCCAUGAUGUAACUUGUAUAUUUAAUACGCAAGUAUUAUGAACACUCAACAUAAUACUCAAAUAAUGCUAUUAUUUACUGAUGAACUUUUUCCAUUUGAGGCCUGCUUGUGAUUGCUGAAGUUGUUUACCUGUUUUCUGCACCUGAUUUUGAUACAUGACUUUGCAAAAGUAAGAAACACUGUAAAAUAUUAUGGUUUGGAUUAUUUUCUGUUUCUUCAGUGCAAGCUUUGAACAAAUCCACUUCUCAGAGACAUUCAUCUUCCUCUGAGAGUAAGCAACAUAAUGUAUUUUUGUUUCUCCAUAUUAUUAGUUCAAGUAAAGUUAAUGAGUGAUUCUUGUGUUUCUGCCUGCAAGUGAGUUUAUUGUGAUUAUGUUUAAAACCCUUGACACUGAGCAAUACAUUUUCGAGAAACAUGUUCCAAAUAACUCACUGUAAACAGUUUUUCUAUAUUGUCACAACAGCAUUAUUGUGAUAUUUAGGAAAUGUGUAGGAUUUAUCACUGCAUAAAAAUAUAAAUGAGAAAACUCACGUUGUGACUUUAUUUAUUUGUCUUAACACAGAAAACAUUAAUCCAUGUAUCC